GCCUUUGCCCUGGUAGAGCUCACCGGUUUGUUUUGGAUGCUGAUAAUUUGCCAUGCAGAUCAGUGUCUCCUCAUCGGGCUUUUGGAGCCAUCCCCAUGAUUUCUCUAGCUUAUAAAGCAUGUUGGCUUCCUGAAGAAGCCGAGAGCACCACGUGAGGAGGCCCAAAGGGCAGAAAGGAAGAACGAGAGAGAAAGAGAAAGAGAGUCUCACAAUCCGAGGGCAAGACUGGUGUGCCAAAAUGUCGGUGCUCAGCCCUAUCCUGAUGCCCCCUGAGGUGAAGGAGUACCUGACCAAGGGAGAACGCUUUAUCAAGUGGGAUGAUGAUACCACAAAUGCUUCUCCUGUGAUUCUGCGGGUUGACCCAAAGGGUUUUUAUCUAUAUUGGACCUUCCAGAGUAAGGAAACAGAUUUUUUGGAUAUAACAAGUAUUCGAGAUACUAGAGUAGGGAAAUUUGCCAAGAUUCCUAAGAGCCAGAAGCUCCGGGAGGUUUUCAAUCUGGAUUUUCCAGACAACAACUUCUUGCUCAAGACAUUGACUGUGGUUGCUGGUCCUGAUAUGGUGGACCUCACCUUUCAUAAUUUUGUCUCCUAUAAAGAAAAUGUCGGAAAGAGUUGGGCAGAUGAUAUCUUAGCCAUUGCUAGGAACCCAUUUACAUAUAAUGCUUCUCGUUACAGCUUCCUGGAAAAAAUACUGCUGAAACUGAAGUUGCAGUUGAAUGCUGAUGGGAAAAUUCCAGUCAAGAAUAUUUUUCAGAUGUUUCCUGCAGACAGAAAAAGGGUAGAAGCUGCAUUAAGUGCGUGUCAUCUUCCAAAGGGGAAGAAUGAUGGCAUCAAUCCUGAGGACUUCCCUGAGACUGUGUACAAAUCAUUCUUGAUGAGCCUGUGUCCUCGGCCAGAGAUUAAUGAAAUAUUCACCUCACACCAUUCAAAAGCCAAGCCCUACAUGACCAAAGAACACUUGACAAAAUUUAUCAACAAGAAACAGCGAGAUUCCCACCUCAAUGAUGUGCUUUUCCCCCCUGCCAAGCCAGAGCAAGUGCAGGGUCUCAUAGAAAAAUACGAGUCCAGUGGGAUGAAUGUUCAGAGAGGGCAGCUAUCUCCAGAGGGGAUGGUUUGGUUCUUGUGUGGUCCUGAAAACAGUGUGAUAUUACAGGACAAACUACUGCUGUACCAGGAUAUGAACCAGCCACUCUCUCACUAUUUUAUCAACUCAUCCCAUAACACCUAUCUAACAGCUGGGCAGUUUUCGGGAAUCUCAUCUCCAGAGAUGUAUCGCCAGACCCUUUUGGCUGGUUGCCGCUGUGUGGAACUUGACUGCUGGAAAGGGAAGCCUCCAGAUGAGGAGCCCAUCAUCACACAUGGGUUCACAAUGACCACUGAAAUACUGUUCAAGGAUGCAAUUGAAGCUAUUGCAGAAAGUGCUUUCAAAACCUCCCCCUACCCUGUGAUCUUAUCCUUUGAGAAUCAUGUGGACUCGCCCAAGCAGCAGGCUAAGAUGGCGGAAUACUGCAGAACCAUAUUUGGGGAUAUGCUGCUGACAGAUCCACUGGAAAAAUUCCCACUCAAACCAGGGGUUCCACUGCCAAGCCCCCAGGAUCUCUUGGGGAAAAUCUUGAUUAAGAACAAGAAGAACCAGUUCCCACCUGGGGAGAACCAAGACACCUUGAAGAAAGGGAGGGGUCCAGAGGAGGAAGCUGCUGAACAGCUCACAACAGUGGACAGAGAUAGCACAGCCAGGGCAGAUGAGGCAACUGAAGAGGUGCCCAAAGUGGAGGAGGACCUGCAGAACCUGAAUGAAGAAGAGAUUAAAAAGCUGCAGUCUGAUGAGGGUACUGCAGGUCUGGAAGUGACCGCUUAUGAAGAAAUGUCCAGCUUGGUUAAUUAUAUUCAGCCCAUCAAAUUUGACACGUUUGAAAUCUCAGCACAGAAGAAUAGAAGUUAUGUCAUUUCCUCUUUCACUGAGACGAAGGCUUAUGAACUAUUGUCCAAAUCUUCCAUCCAGUUUGUAGAUUAUAACAAGAGGCAGAUGAGCCGAAUUUAUCCCAAGGGCACCCGUAUGGAUUCUUCAAACUACAUGCCUCAGAUGUUCUGGAAUGUUGGCUGCCAAAUGGCGGCCUUAAACUUCCAGACAACAGAUGCCGCCAUGCAACAGAACCUGGCCCUCUUUGAAUUCAAUGGGCAGAGUGGCUACCUCCUCAAACAUGACUUCAUGCGCCGGCCAGAUAAGCAAUUUGACCCUUACUCUGUGGACCGCAUUGAUGUAGUGGUGGCAAGCACAUUGUCAAUAACGAUAAUUUCUGGCCAGUUUCUCUCAGAGCGCAGUGUGAGGUCCUAUGUAGAAGUGGAGUUGUUUGGCCUGCCAGGUGAUCCCAAACGCCGAUACAGAACCAAGCUGACACCAACUGCAAACUCAAUUAAUCCUGUAUGGAAGGAGGAGGCUUUUGUAUUUGAAAAGAUUAUGAUGCCAGAGUUGGCGUCUCUCAGAAUUGUGGUUUUGGAGGAAGGCGGAAAGUUCAUUGGUCAGCGCAUCAUUCCCAUCACUGCUGUAUGUUCAGGCUAUCACCACAUUUGCCUUCGUAGUGAGGCCAACAUGCCACUUAAUCUGCCUUCUCUCUUCGUUUAUGUGGAGAUGAAAGACUAUGUUCCUGACUCAUGGGCAGAUAUGACCAUGGCCCUCUGCAACCCAAUCAAAUUUUUUAGUGCACAGGACAAAAAGUCAACCAAGACCCAAGAGGCUGAUAUGGAGAAGCCCGGCUUACAAAAAGGCCUUUCUACUACUCAGCUCAAUACCAAUGGACUACCCAAUGCCUCUGGCACCAUAAGUAUCCCUCCUUCAAAUGGAUCUGCAGGCAAAAUAGAUACAGUAGCAUCAUGUCAGUUGUUUUUCCUCCAAGGAACUUCAGCAAGAGGAAAAGAAGAAACCACAAAGGAACCUGCAAAAAACCCUACAGUGCCCCAGACAGCUAGCAUCGAGGAGCUGCAGCAGAUGAAGAUGUUUGGAAAACUGUUGAAGAAGCAAGAGAAAGAGCUGAAGGAGCUGGAGCGGAAGGCAAGCAAGCGAAGGGAAGAUCUGCUUCAAAAAUACACCUUCCUUUUCACUGAACUGGCUGUCCAGGCUGGCAAGAAGAAAACACUGUGCCCAACAAAAUCUCAGAAAAAGAAAAGUUGCAGGAGCUUAACCUUAGAUGAGAUGACUGCAGGAAGGAACACUGCAGAGAGGGCCGAGAGCCCUGGCCACAGAGUCUUGGCGCUGAAGGAAAAGCUGGAGGAAGAGCUGCUGCAGCUGGGAGAAGAACACUAUGACGGGAUUCGGAAGAAGAAGGAGCAGCAUGCUGCAGAGCAAAUUGCUAAAAUGAUAGAACUUGCAAAAGAAAAGCAAGCAUGUGAGCUGAAGGCACUGAAGGAUUCUUCUGAAAGUUACAAUAAAGAGUUGAAGAAGAAACUGGAGGUCAAGAGAAUAGACCGAAUCCAAGCCGUGGCUAAGAAUGCCAGUGACAGGAGUGCUCAGGAAAGGUUAAAGAGAGAAAUCAACUGCACACAUAUUCAAGAAGUGGUACAGCAGAUCAAACAGUUGAAUGAAAAGCAGGCCAAGUAUCAACAAGUCCUGGAAACAAAGCAGACAGACUGCCUUGAGAAAAUUAAAGGAAGAGAAACCCAGCUCCACCAGGAAGCUUUGGGAGAGUAUGAGGAGAAGGUGAAAGCCCUCAAUGCAGAGGUGCAGGACUUAGUGAAGAACUGCAUCAAAGUCUGUUUCCCUCUAGAAGCUGAAGUGGCCAAAGAAGAGGUCCUCAAUGCUGCUGACGAGGGAGACGAGAGGCUGAAGCCACAACUGCAAGAAAACGACCUGGUGCUCGAGUCUGUACAGCUUAAAACUCAGACGGCAGAGAAUUAUUUAGAAUUUGAGGAAUCCACUGAUACUCAGUGCAGCAGAUUGUAAGACUUCACCUAAUUACUGUUAGUUCUUCAAUUAAUCCUGAUUUUAAGGAUGCCUUAUUUUAAAAUGGUGCUUUGUUGCAGAAAGCAAUUCCUUAAUGGGGUUCCUCAUUGCAACUUCAGAGUAUCUGCUUCAAAGUUUGAUCUGUAAUCUAAAUAACUCAGAGUCUACAAGGAAAUUUGUACUUUCUACAAUUAACAGAUUCUGUUGGGAAGAAACAACAUUGAAACUUGUCAGAAAUGGUGGAAAGUGGUGAUAGUUCUUCUAAAUCCCCCUGCAACAGGGAUCCUCAUUCCAAUUGUUUCAGGUACCAGUGAAGCAGAAGCAAGCAAGAGACUGGAAGGUUAAUGGGGAGGAGGCUGGCAGGAAAGUUGAGAAGAGGGGUUUCCCCCCAUUUCAAAAUAUGAACCCCACAGCUUAUCAAUGGUUUAUGGCCUAGAAAAAUCCCGAGUACCUGGUCAUCUGAGCACCCAAAAUUAGCACUCAGGCGUCUUUUCAGUUUGGGUUGCUGGUUCUAUAAAAUUGUUAUGCAAGAUGAACACUCAAAUUAAAAUAUACCUGCAGCAGAAAAUACAAACAUGUAAGCUGAGAUGUAACAUAUGUGUGAACACAGCCCAUGUAUCUCCAGCAUAUACAUGCCUCUUGCUUCAGCAAGAUUCCCUCUAAUAUAUACACAUUGAGAAAAAUAUCGCAUUUCUGUCUCCAACUCAAACGACAAAUGACUGUGGCAGACCCUAUUAAUACAAUGUACACAAUGGAAGUUGAUUUUAAGAGGGCAAAAGUAACGGGUGCAGAACCCUGCCCCCCCCCAGCAGCCUCCACUGUAAUGCCUUUUUUUCUCCAGCCAGGCUCCUCCAAUAUUCGAAAUGGUUACAGUACCCAAAAAAAGUGCUUGGGAGAGAGAGGAGAGCUGUAAGAACAGGAGGUUCCACUCCUCUCAUUGGCACAUUGCAUUUGCUCUUAAAAUUGAUCUUCCACUCCUAUG